UUAGAAGAUUUUGUACACAGGAUUACAUCCCAUUUUGUUGAAACAACAACUUACACCAAAGCAGAUGGCAAGCUAUCAGCCAACAUUGGAGAAGUGCCACCAUUAAUUCCACCAUGUCAACGUGCGAAUAAAGUAUUGAAUACCGAAGCCAGUAAAAACAGUGUAUACUUAACAAAGAAGGAAAAACUUAAUGAUGUAGAAGGUAACAAUUUAUUUUCUUGCAUGCAUUACUUUCCUCCUAUACGUCUAUAUAUACGUUUGUAUCAAUCCAAAUUAUACCUAGGUUCUAUGGCUCACUUUUAGAUAAAUAAAAUGUUAUCUUAUAACAAAAACAUAAACUUGAUCCAGGUAUGUUUUGUGGAACUUUUGCAAAAUCUGAGUUGACCCAAAAUGUUUUGUGGAACAAACUGUUAUGUUAUUUGAUUUCAUAAUUUAAUUCAUAUGCAUCUUGCCCAGGCAACUGUUCUAAUGAAACAUAUUUAAAUUCAGCAUUCCCCAACUAGUUUAUUUCAUAAGUAUUCUAUAAAUUCUCUCAAGGUUUAUCUUGAUCUUGACUGUAUAUUAAUUAAUUAAUCAAUUAGUAGUUAAUAUAAUGGCUGUCAUGUAUUUAUAUCAACAGUCAAUUAAUCUUUUUUUUAGGUGAUCCUACAAUGCUGCACCUCCUUUUGCAGCAAAAAAAAUUCCUUGUUGAAGAGAUAAAAAAUUUAUCUGUGGAAAAACUCAAACAAGUUUGUGAAGAAUGCUCAAUAUCGACUAAACAGAGAUCAGCUGUAAGUUUUAAUUACUGGAAUUCCAUGUAUUUUUAUUGUACUAAAUAAAUUGAAAAUCAAGAGUGACUUGCCAAAGCAAAAGCAUGCAAACUGUACUGACAAAAUAACUUAUACUUCCUUAGUGAGACCCCUGUUAUCAAGAUGAUCUCUUAAGACAGAUAGUAGGGGGAGUGUAGGGACGACAAAUUCACACUAAAAAUACCAAAAAAUAAAAUAACAGCUACAUCAAUGAUUCCCAAAAAACACACAUCACUAACAUCGUUGUGUGACAAAGUAUAAUUAACUUUUUUUUCUAUUUUAUUUGAUGUAGGAUUUUUUGCGAGGCAGGCUGCUUGCUCUUUAUGCAAGUAUCACUGUUGGAAACUCUCCAUGCCAUAAGUUCACCCAUGUCGAAGGUCACUCAGGUGGCUUUUAUCACAUUGUUUGUCCUCAUUCUGUGAGUGUACACAAUUUUGUUUCCUUAUUUAAAUUUCUUAUAAGUUAACUCUUGUAAAGUAACAGUUCGGUCCAUGAUUUUCCAAAGUUAACAUUUUGCACUUUGUUUGCUUAGAACAAAAUUUGAUUAACUUACUUAAAAAUCAAAAAGAGAAUAUUCCGAUUUUUUUUAAACUACUGAAAAAGUCAAUUUUAGAAGUAAGACCUACAGUUGAAGAUGUAUUAACACCAUGGAAUGAUUAAAGUAAAAAAUAUCGUUUUUUUCAAAAAUGUGACUUGGUAUUAAUUUCAUCAUGUUCUCACUGCUGCAUACAUUGUAACAUUAUCACUUGUGAAAACUUAUAAGGGGCCUUAUAGGGGGCAACCAUUUUUCUGGAGGGGGGGAUUUUGAAAAAAAAUUCCUGCAAGUGCUUUUUGGAAGAAAAAAAUGCAUGCAGCACAAAUAUAAACAGUAAUCCUUCAGAGCACUGAGAAUGGAAAAUUAUCCCACACUUCCUUACCCAGCAGGUAAGGUGACCAGAUAUCAUCCACUACCCACCCCCAUCAAGAGUUAAUUGUUCAGCCCCUCAAGAUUUCCUUUUUCUGUUAUUACUUAUAUGUUAAGAUGUGUCACUUAUACUAUUGCUUUAUAGUUGUUCAUUCCUACAAUGUGAUUUUAAUUUUAAAUUUUUGUUUGCAGUGUACUGUUGCAUCAAAAUUCCUUCUUCUGCAAGAAUCUGUCCGUGACGCUGCUGACUUGUACCUCAGCCUGAAAUACCCCCCUCCUCUUUUAAUCUGUGAUACACCUUGUACUCUGGCACGUCACAUUGAUCAGAGGUGUCCGGAUGUUGCAGAACAACUUUGGGGUGACAAUGUGGGGUGCUUUCAGAAGCCAGUAAUAGGGAAGUCACCUAUUAAAGUGAGUGCACUAGUUGAUAAUGUAUACCCAAUCCACCAUUUAGUGAAUUAUUAUUUUGAGCAUGCGUAUUGUAGUCUAGCUUUUCAAAACAGAUUGAGCACAGCCAUGUAGUUACAUAAAUUUACAGGUAAUGGGUUAAAACUGGAGUUGUAUAAUCCAUCUUCUGUCCUUUUAGUGCAGCUGAUCAUUUUUUAAAUCACACCAGGGACUAAAUACAAACCAUUCUUCAAGUUUUGUAAACAAACAGUACAUUGUAGCUGAUGAAUUUACAUUGCUACAUGCAAGUUUGUCUGUGGUGAGAUUCUUUGUCCCAUCCAGACUAAAUAUAAUGAUUAUUUCACACUAGCCAACCCAUAUAAUGCAGUGUAAAUCUGUUGAAUGAGUGUAUGUCAUGCAUGACCAUGGAUUGAGUCUCUCACAAUGUCUUACUGAAAAAAGGCAAUGUUCCAGGUGCAAAAGAGUUCUCUUGUCAACAAAUAUUGUGGGGAAUAGACAUGACAUUUCAUUAUAUAAAGGCUUUAAACAGAUUGCAAGAAGCGGCCUACAAACAAAUUGCAGAAAGUAUGGAAUAUUUGUUGUUGUUGACUGCUGAGGGUACCUGCUUAUUCAUUAUUGACAGCAAGAAAAAAUGAACCCAGUCAAAACAAGCCUAAAGAUUCCAGCUAAAAGCUAUGAUUUUGUUUUGAACCCUGGUAACAUCAAGUUAAUUUUUUCUUCCAGGUCAGUGUUCCAGAGUUAGUAAGCUCAACGUUUAAAACUAAGCUGGCACAGGUUGACCAAACAUCCACAUGGCAACAUCCUACAACUGGCCAAAAGAGGAGGUAUAUUGCAGGUGAUCGAUUUCAUGCUUCUGUAAACCCCCACAAGUCCGAGUUGUGUGCGUAUCAUGACAUCAACCUGUUGGAACAAAGUAAUGGCAUCAGAACCAGCUACCAAGAGAGUUCCAAUCAUAUCAAGAACAGACGCCUCCAGAGCUCAACUGUUCAAAGCUUUUUUGUACAUUUCCUGUAUAAUUACCUGAUGGACUAUUAUGGAAAUGAACAAAUUGGUCAGAAGCAGAUUAAUGAUAUUAAAUCUAUGUUGGGACCCAACCAGGUGAUCACCAGGGAUAAGUUUCAUCGUUUUGUGAUAACCAAGUUAGUUUCUUAA